UGGUCUCCGGGGAUGGCUCAGGGGUGGGGUGGCCAGUGAGUGGUCUCCUCCUCCGGCGGGCGCUGCGGCGGCCUCCCGAGAGUGGCGCGGGACUGCCGGGCGGGCGUGGAGCUGUCUGCACGGACUAAGAUUCCAGAUGGCCAAUUCUAUGAAUGGCAGAAAUCCUGGUGGUCGAGGAGGAAACCCCCGCAAAGGUCGCAUUUUGGGGAUUAUUGAUGCUAUUCAGGAUGCAGUUGGACCCCCAAAGCAAGCUGCAGCUGACCGCAGGACUGUGGAGAAGACUUGGAAACUGAUGGACAAAGUGGUAAGACUGUGCCAAAAUCCCAAACUUCAGUUGAAAAAUAGCCCACCGUAUAUACUUGAUAUUUUGCCUGAUACGUAUCAGCACUUGCGACUUAUAUUGAGUAAAUAUGACGACAACCAGAAGCUGGCUCAGCUGAGUGAGAAUGAGUACUUUAAAAUCUACAUCGACAGUCUCAUGAAGAAGUCGAAGCGAGCGAUACGGCUCUUUAAAGAAGGCAAGGAGAGGAUGUAUGAAGAGCAGUCGCAGGACAGGUGAGCCACUCGGGAUGUGUGUG